AUGCUCAAACUUAUCCUGCCCCUCACCACUCGAGACGUAAACAAAGACCGCAAAGACGUGGAACCCUUGGCCCUCCUCGUACACCCCCAACAACCCCUCAGCUACCUCGAACGCCUGAUCCAAUCCGAGCUGCCCGUCAUCAAAAACGAAAACGGAAACGACAAGAUCCCCGCCGUCCACUUCCGCGCACAAGACCUAGGAGAAGAAGCAAUCAACCCCGACCGCCACGAACCCGACGAAGAAUCAGAAGACUACAAAUUCGAACACUCGGAAGACUUCAAGAUUGACGGCAAGACAGAGCGGACUGGCAAACUCAACGAGUCGGGCGAGGUCGCAGAGGCAAAGCCCGUCAAUCCUGUCAAAGAGCCUGACCCGGAACACCCAAACUUUGUGCGUUGGUCGCCCAGCACUGAGAUUGGCGAUUUCAUCAGAGAUGCUGCGAGGGGCAAGGAAUUCAGUGUUGAUAUCGAGGGUGCUCCUGAACCCAUCUAUAUUGCUGUGCCGUCGUUCGCUGAUCGUACUUACUACCUACGUAUGCGUCUGCGCAAGACGGCCAAGCAGAUCUCCUCUCUGGCAGACAUCAAGACCGAGUGUGACAAGUUGGCCCAUAAGAGUGCUCAGCGUGUUGCUCAAGGAGGUUUCGCCGUGCUGGUGGGUUGGUGGGGUAGUGUCUACGUCCUCACCUUCCAAACAGAUCUGGGCUGGGAUGUCAUGGAGCCUGUUACCUAUCUUGUCGGUUUAUCUACGCUGAUUGGCGGUUACAUGUGGUUCCUCUACCACAACCGCGAAGUCAGCUACCGUUCCGCCAUGAACUUUACCGUCAGCAAGAGACAGGACAAGCUGUAUCAGGCAAAAGGCUUUGAUGUGUCCAAGUGGGACGCUCUUGUCGAAGAAGGCAAUCGUCUGAGAAGAGAGAUCAAGAUGGUUGCCGAGGAGUACGAUGUCGAUUGGGACGAGGCCAAGGAGGCAGAUGACAAGGUAGCCAAGGCUCUGCGUAACGAGCGCAGAAAGAAGCAGCUCGCCAAAGAUGACGAAGACGAAGAAGGCAAGAAGCGCAAGAAGUCCAAGGAGGAGGACGACGACGAUGACUGA